CUUUAUAAUGUUUUUAUUUUGAAAUUACCGCCAUAUACUAGGUACCUUUCAUUUUUGGUAUUUGGUAUUAUUUUAAUGAGAGAGAAGUGAAAAGUGAAGUAAGUAGAGCCAACAGUAAUGGUGUUUUUGUUUGGUUAUUCUUUCUUGAUUAAAUUCUUUAGAAUUUAACUGAAACGUACCAAAUCGUAAUUAUAGUUAGUGAAUUAAUGAUUUCAACAUGUUUAUGGUUUGAAUGAAGUAUAUUUUCUUGAUUUUUUUCUAAACUCAAUCAAAAAUGGGGUCUAGAAAUUCUAACAAGAAUGGUAGUAUAGAUGCUGAAAAUCUUAAUCUGAGCCUAGAUAUGGGUGACGAUAUGAAAUUGGAUGAAGUAAACUAUGAAAGCGACGUGUCUUCCUCUAGUUCAGAAAGUUCCACAGCUCCCACCAUCAGUUCUGUAAGUACUAAUUCAUCAGGAAAACUUCGCCGCUCCCGGCAUAAAAGAGGCCGCUCUAACGAUAAAAGCCUGUCACCAGCCUCAAAAAGACCACGUUCCAAAGAUAAAAUUAAAUCAUAUGAUUACAUUACAAAAGUAAAUUACUUUUUUCGUGAUGCCCGCUUUUUUGUAAUCAAAUCAAAUAAUUCUGAAAACAUUACACUUUCAAAAGCAAAAGGUGUUUGGUCAACUCUACCACAAAAUGAGGCAAAUUUAAAUAAAGCAUAUAGAGAGUCCAGAAAUGUUCUUCUCAUAUUUUCUGUAAAGGAAAGUGGAAAAUUUGCUGGUUUUGCUAGAUUGCAUGGGGAGUCAAGACAUGAUGGAUCUCCAAUAUCUUGGGUUCUGCCCCCAGGAUUAUCAGCUAAAGCACUGGGAGGAGUUUUUAAAGUUGAUUGGAUUUGUCGUAAAGAACUGCCGUUUGCCAAUACAAUGCACUUAUAUAACCCAUGGAAUGAUGGAAAACCUGUGAAAAUUGGACGUGAUGGUCAAGAAAUUGAACCUAGAGUUGCUGAAGAACUAUGUCGUCUAUUUCCUGAAGAUGAUGGCAUUGAAUUAUUGCCCAUUUUAAGAUUAGCUAAAGAAGCUGCUAAAAAAAAUACUUUACGUGGUAGGGAUGGACAUAGACAUCCAAAAGCCAGAAUGCCGAUAGCAGCUCGUCCCUCAACUUUCAAUUUCAGAGGAAGAGGCUCAUCUUACUCUAGAAGAAAAAAUUUUCAAUCCAGAGGACUGACUUCAAAUAGUUAUAGGCGGUCAGCAUCUCCCAGACCAAGAGAUAGAUUCUCAAUGUUUUAUGAGAGAGAAUCGGCAACAAGACCAUAUACAGCAGCAGCAGCUGAAGCAUAUGUAGCUGAUUACAUGCGUACCAUGCAACAUCAGUUACCUCCACUACCAUAUGUAGCCCCUCCUGGACUAUACCCAUCUUCUGCUUAUGAUAAUCUGCCACCACCAAGAUAUUAUGAUGGAUUGCCCAUUCCAGAAUAUCCUACAUCCAGGGCAAACUCAUACUCUGAAAAACGUUCAUAUGAUCGCUCUGUAGAUGAAUUUAUAUGGAGAACCAGAGAACGUUCAAGAGAUAGAGACCGAGACAGAGAUACAAGAGAUAGACAUAGAGAAAGAGACAGAAGCAGAAGCCGAAGCCGCCACCGCUAUAGAGAUAGGAGAUGAAGAAAAUUUGGUGACAUGUCAGAAGAUUGUUCAAAUAUUUAGUUCCCAAAAUCUUCUUAUUGUGAAAUUUUUCAAUGGCAUGUUCUUCAGAUUCAUUGUCAUGAUAUAUGUUUAACACUUCAGUGUCAAAAAGAGAUACCCUUUUUUCUUCUGUAUUAUUGUAGGUACAACUGAACUUUUAUAGUGUUUCAUUCUUGAUUUGUAUGAUCUUAUAUUAAAAAAGUACAUUAUAAGUCUACGACCUAAUUUCUUUUGCUCUCUUGUUCCAAGGACUAUUUAAUUAAUGGGACUGAAGUGUUUGUGAGAAAUAUGAGUUUUUAUUGCAAAAACUUUUUACUACAAGAAGUAGGAGUGUUCAAAAGACUUUUCCUCAUAAAGAAGGCUGUGUAAUUAUUGUAAGGUCUAAAUAACAUUUUUGUA